AUGGCGGAACCUUAUAAAUUGGCCUUGAAUGAGGAAUGGGAAGGGAUGAAAAAGUUCUAUAAGAGAAACAAGGACGCCGUGGCAUUGCCUUUGACGGUGGUGAAUGACACCGCACUCCAUCUUGCAGUCUAUAGUGGAAGCAAGUAUCCCCUAAAAGAUUUGCAUGAGCUCUCACCACAAGCCUACUUAAUACAAAACGACAAAGGUAACACAGUUCUUCAUGAGGCAGCUGCCAUUGGGAACGUUAAAGCUGCAAAGUUUUUGCUUAAACGUUGCUCUACGGAGAUACUCGAUGUGAAAAAUGCUUUAGGUGAAACCCCUUUGUUCAGAGCUGCUGCAUUUGGUAGGUUUGAUGUGGUGAAGUUCUUGCAUUCUGAAGUCCGGAAGGGACAUGGCGACAUGGCUAUACACCGCACCAGAAAUGACAAAACCUCCAUUCUUUAUAUUGCCAUCCAAGCCCAACGCUUUGAGACAUCUUGGUGGUUGCUAGAGAAUGAUCGUGAACUAAUAGAAUUGGAGGAGCAAAGUGUCACAAGUUGUCUGCAGCUUCUGGCAAACAUGCCAACUGCUUUUAGGAGCGGAUGCUACAUGAACAAAUGGCAAAGACUUCUCUAUUUUUGCCUCCCUGAUUGUGAAGAUUAUGAUGACAACUACGGAGCUCAGGUACCCUUAUCUUCAAGUCAAGGGAACGAUUGUGAAAAGGGCUUCAAAAAGGAUUACCUCCGCCCCUCUAGAUAUCCAAAUAUCCGUACAGGAUGGUUCGAGGUGGACAGGAUAUGGAAGAAGAAAAGAAAUCAUGUAUCAGCUGUUAAAUUAGUUGAGCAGCUGAUACGAAAAGAUACUUCAUGGCAGCUCAAUCGGGUAGAACCAGAUCCGGGUGUAAUUUCCUUAGGAGCAAGCGGAGGAAAUCCAGGACAAAGCAGAGAUAAGAAGCCACCAAUUGCGAGCUCGCCUACGAGAUCUUUUGAUAUUGCUGUUGUUGGAGAAGGACAGGCCGCAAGCUCUAAUACAAGAUCUUUCGAGAUUGCAGUGGAGGGAGAAGGAGGAAGCAUGGGUCUAACCCCAUUGCUAAUAGCAAGUAGCACUGGAGUUCUGGAGAUUGUUAAAAGGAUACUUGAGGUGCAUCCUCAAGCAAUUGAGCAUGUAAGUAAUAUGGGUCAGAACAUUUUGCACAAAGCCGUUAAACAUCGUCAAAAGAAGAUUUUUAAACUUGUGAAGAAGAAGAAAGUUGCACUGAAUUGGUUGGUCGCAAAGGUAGAUAAUAAUAGCUGGAACUUACUACACCAUGCUGCAUAUAGCGAUUAUGUUGGCAAAUGUACCCACCCCAAUCCGGCACUCCAGUUGCAAGAUGAGCUCCGUUGGUUUGAGAGUGUAAAGACGAUAGUGCCCACAUUUUAUGCCUUACACCGCAACAACAAAGGUGAGACAGCUCAAGAAGUCUUCGAGAAAACUCAUUUGAAACUACUCAACGACGCAGAGGGUUGGUUAAAGCAGACCGCCAAGUCAUGCUCUGUCAUUACGGUUCUCAUUGCCACUGUGGCCUAUGCAGCAGCUUACACCGUACCAGGUGGUCUAGAUCAGAAAACUGGAAUCCCUGUCCUUAUCCACCACCAUUUCUUCUUGCUUUUCGCUAUCAUGGAUAUUUUCGCCCUGGUGACCUCCUUAACCUCGGCUAUAAUGUUCCUAUCGAUCCUGACUGCUCCUUUCAAGUACGAAAAUUUCCAAGACUCUCUCCCUCGGAAACUGACACUCGGUAUUACCUUCCAAUACCUCUCGGUGGCGCUGAUAAUGCUUGCAUUUGCAGCAACGAUUCUGCUGAUCGUUCAGCUGCAUGGACCCAGAGCAGUUCUCGUUUACAUUGUUGCAUUCCUCCCGGUUACCGUCUUUGCCAUCUUGCAUUUCCCUUUGUAUCUUGCAGGAGCCGAAACGGUGAGAAGCUUUUUCAGAUUCAUCAAAAAUGUCUUUCCCUUCAAUUUUAUCACUCGAUCAUCUUUUGGGAUCACGGCGUCCUCCGGUAGCAAAUCCCAGUGA